UAUUCUCUAUCCUGCUUUCUUCUUCUCUCACUAACUCUCCCUCCUGAUAUAACUCACUUUUUCUUUCUCUUUCUCAUUUUCUCUCUCUUCUUCCCUCAUUUUUUCACUCUCUUCACUCUCUGUUUUGUGUUUAGCAGCAAUUUUGGUUCAAUUUUGCCAGCGUAUUCUCAAUUUUCUUGUUGUUAAUUGUUGUUAAUAAGCGUCAUAAUCAACAAAUUAGGAUCAUGUUAUGUUAAACUUACAUUUAAAUCGUUUUGUUCAACACCAAAUUGACUUCUAUGCUUAAUUAGAAGGUAUGGAUAAAUACUCGAAAAGUUAUGUUCCCUCUAUUGGAAGGACGUCACUUUUCGAGAUUGGGUCAACCCCACCAGCCGCUCAUUCGGGCGCCUCUAUUUUGAAAAGACCACUCAAUUCUCAUCCAAAUUUACCUUCAAGCAAUGAUCAUCAAGCUUCUCUUCAUCAUGAGAGGCUAUCAUCUAGUAAACGAAAUAAAUCCAAUCCUCACCACCAGAUUCAUAAUAACUCAUCGAAACAAUCAUCUGCAUCAACAUCUUUAGCUGCGUCAGCGCCUGCCAUGGAACUUGAAUCACUUCAUCAGGCGAAUCUCCUUCGCCACCAUCGUUCUAAUCCAUAUAAUCCCGGUUCUCAUCAACCAUUCGAUGCAUCUCGAUUUUCACAAGCUCCUUUGACUUCUCAACCCGAGAUACCUAUUAAAUUGACCAAAUACGAUGAUCAGAGUAACAAAGGAAAUUCUAAACUUGUUAAUCUUUCUAAAAGCCAAACUGAAUCUCCAAGAACAGUGCAACAAGAUGCUAAUGACAAAGAUGUACCUUUAAAUUUAUCUGUUAAAAGGUCAUUUGAUUCUCCCGCUGGUACAACAAGUGAUAAUAAUAGAUUAGUGAAAUCAUCAACAUCAGCUGUAGUUCUAGAUGUUAAUCAGGAUAAUCAACAAAGGAAAAAAGCAAGACGUCAAUUGCAUCAACAACAACAGCAACAACAACAGCAACAACAGCAACAACAGCAACAGCAACAACAGCAACAACAACAGCAGCAGCAGCAUCAGCAUCUUUUGAACCUUCAUCAUCAACAACAACUUCACCAACAGCAACAACUUCAAAUUCAUCAGCACCUUCAGCAACAGUCAAAGUCUCUACUUUCCAAUCCUACUGAGAUCAUUACUAUUCCAAAUGCACCUCACGAUAAUAAACCUAGAAAACGAGGCAGACCACCUAUAUUAUCCCCGCCGCCUGCAGCAUCUAGAUCUGAUAAUUCUGCAAUAUCAGCAUCACUAGCUGCUUCAAUUGCAGGCAAUAGUGGCCUCCAUCCAGCGGCGGCUUCCCUUUUAGCAUCAGCGCCUGGUGCCUUAAAUCCACUUCAGUCAUUAGAAUUCUAUAAAUCAUUGCUAGCUCAAAACUGGCCAAUGUUUUCUCCCGGUUCAUUUUUAUUCCCUGGUCAUCUUAAUGGUGAUCCACUAGGUGCUUUGAAUCAUACCAAUAUGAAUAUGAACAACCAACCCAGUAAAUCCCAUCUUAAUAACUCUAAAGUUAUUGUGUGUGAGACUGAAGAGGAUAAUAAAAAGCGAAACUCUAUCAAGGAUGGUUAUGAAGGAGAUUCCGAUUUAGCUGAAACGGAAGAAAUUGAUUUCGAUACUCCUAAAGUGUUCAAUGAAGAAGAACUCCGUAAACCUUUGAAAUUUGGAUGGCGGAGACAAACUCUAAUACAAUGUAUCACUAAAUCAGGCAUUAAAGGCGAAGUAAUAUAUUAUUCUUCAAGUGGAAAGAAAAUGAAAAAUAUAACGGAAAUUUGUCGGUAUUUGAGUAAAAAGAAUAUCAAUAUGUUACGUAAAGAGGACUUCAGUUUUGACCCUCGCCCAAUUAUUGGUGAAUUUAUUGAACAUUCAAAAGAAAAAGGAACUAGUUUCAACCUUUUAUCGGAAAAUGAUAUUCGAAGUCGGUUGGAGGAUAUGAAAAAACGUUUACAAUCAUCUAAUCUAGAGCCUGGACGUAGUAGCGAAAUACUUUUAGAAACUGAAGCCAGACCAGCUAAAAAUGAAAAUCCUCGCUCAUUCAAACGAGAUACUCCAUUUUAUAAUGAUCAAAAAAUCAAAGAGGCCCAAACUCGAGUGACGAUUGAGGAAAUUGAUGCGCUCCGAGAGGAUAUGUUUAGAAGAUAUCAAGAAUCAAAAGACUCUGAUCGAAGAUAUCAAACACAAAUUUUUCCAGAAUCUGAUUUCUACAAAAAGAAAGAUCUUGAAAUGGUCGCUGAAAUUGAGAGGGAACGUCGUAAACAACAUAUGAUGCUGGUUCGCGCUCUUGAUAACCACAAAAAGUUUGAAGAGAGGGAAAGAAGAAGUCGCCAAGAAAUUGCUGAAAAAAGAGCCAUUAUGGAACGAAAAUUCCAAAAGCGAAAACUGGAAAUUGAAAUUCAUAAGGAAUUAAAACGCUCCGUUGAAGAUAUGGUGCUUAAAAAUUCUAAAGCUCUUCCUACGCUGAAUCGUAUUCCAGGACUUAAGCUUCCUUCUAAAGUUUUUGCCGACUGUUUAAUGUUUUUUGAAUUUUUGAACAAUUUUGGUGAAACUCUUGGUUUUGACAUGGAGAGUUUACCUUCUCUGAAUACUCUACAAAAAGCUUUGCUGAAUCUAGAUGAAUCAGCAGAGAAAGAACUUGUUUCUACUUUACAUCAAUUACUAGUCUGUGCCAUUGAUGACCCUGGAAUCCCGUGUAAUAUAAGUACUGUUAUGGGACAGAAACUUAAGGAUGCUCCUAUUACUGAUUUCAAUCUUUCUGAAAUAUUGAAACUUUACUUUCAAUCAUUUUCAAAUUCUCACGAUGUAUCCGAUGAGGAUUACAUACCUACAAAUAUCUACGAAGUGCUCAAAUCUGGGAAACCAUUUUUAUCUCUAAACGCUGCUCAGAAAAUGGAUAUUUUAAGCUUUACUUGCAAUGAACUCACCUCAAAUCAAGCCAUCGUUCGUCAAAUCGAGCAAACUGUCGAGAAUCUCAAUAACCUUCGGCGUGAGAAGUGGGUUCUCGGAUGUGAAUUAAGAAAGUACAAAGCAAUUAAAUUGAGACGAGAAAAAGCUACUAGUGAAGAGGCCGGAGAAGCUUUAAAGAAAUUUGACAAAACUGAGAUCGAUGCUGGUCUUUUAGAUGAUAGUGGUGACAGUGAGGCUGAUGAUAACAUCAUCAUCACUGUUCAUGAAACAGAAGAAGAAGCAACCAUAACCAAUGAAGAGUUGGAUAAAAAGCUGGAUAAACUUGCUAAACAAUGUGCACAAAUGAAUGUUAAAUUGACCGAUGCAAUGCAAUGCAUGAGAGUUACUCCAAUAGGUCAAGAUCGUUAUCGUCGGCGAUAUUGGGUUUUACCAGCUUCUGGUGGAAUAUUUGUUGAAGGUUUGGAAUCUGGUCAUAAGGAUAAUCUUUAUAUGGACGAUAGCGAAGAAGAAGAGGAAGAAGAAUCUUCCGAGACAGAGGAAGAAAACGAAGAUAGUGAAAGUGAUUCAAAGAAAGAGGCAAAAAAUGAAUUAGCUGACAAUCAGGAUGAUUCAAAGGACGAAGUUAAAAAUGAUGCAAUAGAAAUCCAAGUUAAAGAAAAAGCAAGCGAAGGGAGAGGAAGAAAAAAAGCCAAGAAAGAGCAUGAUGCAUCUUCUCAAGAGAAACAAUCUAAAGUUGAUUCUAAAGUGAAAGAUGAAACCUCGGUCGACGUUGAAAUGAAAGAGGAUAAAAACGCACAGGAUGAUAAAUCAGACUCAGAGAAAAAAGAAAUAAUUGAAGUUACUGAGAUAAAAGAAGUGAAAGAGGAGAAACCAGGAAGAGUUAAACUUGAAAAUCUUGUUGAUGGUAAAUGUUCACUUUCUCCUGAAGUCACCAUUGAACUCAAAGGAAUUGUUUCAGAAGAGAAACCAAAUCGUGAAACGACAGUGACUAUUCAACCUGUCUCUGCUCCAUUGAAACCGCUUCCAAAAGAAGAAAUCAAGUGUGACAUGGAAAUAGCUGGUGUUAAUACGUUAAGACAACCGAUAAACAAUAGCAAUGAAGGAACAUGGAUUUCCCCAGUUACUGAUGGUAUUCCUAGAUCGUCAUUAUUUGACUCUAAAGUAGGUCCUUCAAAUUUAAACGCUGAAUUUAAUUCGAGAAAUGGAUUGUUUGAUGCGUCAGGUUUCCCUUUUGACAACAAUCAAGCCGUAUCUUGGUUUAAUGUAGUGCCAAGAGUUCCAUGUAAUGAUACCACCAUAACAAUUUGUCCAAUCACUACGACACCAUCACCUUCAACUCAAGAUCCUCAAUCAUCUAAGACUGCUGAAUCUAGUGAAGAAUCUGAUAAACCAUCAUCUGACAGUGCAACAUCAACUAAACCAUCUCAAAAUGUUUUCAUGGAAACUUUUGUUUAUCCUCAUCUAUCUGGAUCUCUGUUUCAAAAUAACUCAACGCAUUCCGUUGGAAACCAUUCUAAGUCUGAAUCAUACUCAAGUGAUCCUCAACUCAAUCAACAGUUAAAUACUUCUGGGUUAUCAAAUGGAGAAGCUGAAUUCAUUGUUAAUCCAGCUCUUCUUACUGGACCUGAAUUCGAAGUUGAUCCUGAAUUGCAGAAAAAAUUAGAGCAGCACAAGAAACAACAACACCGCAAACCCAAGCGAAUACCUGAAGAAUUUCAAAGAGGUUGGUGGAUUAUCACUGAUAUUGGCCAAAUCCGUUCAAUCAUUGAUUCUCUCAAUGAAAAAGGUUUUCGUGAGAAACAUCUCAAAAAGCAACUUCUUAAAUAUCUUACUUACGUUUCAACAAACUAUAAAGCUGCAAUAACAGAGUUUGACAUCUGUGAUCUUGAUCGUAAAGUGUCUCAAGAGUCGCCUUUUGGUGUACCUGAACCCAUUGACGAUGAUGUUUGGUGCAAAGAGGUUGCUUUACGGUUAGAUAUCGCUGUUUUAGAACAGAUUGAAGCCUUAGAAGAAAAAAUUGCUAGCUCUAGCAUGCAAAUUCGAGGUUGGAGACCCUCAUCAAAGAUAAGCAAUGAUUCGAGUUUCAAAUUCGAAUUAUCUUCUUAUUAUGAAUCUUAUGAUAAAGAUGAAGACGAACAAAAGACCGAAGAAAAGCCCAGAUCAAGUACAAAAAACGAUGAACCCAAAGAAACUAAAGGUAAAAAGAAAAUCUUGGAUCCUGUUAGAGCAGGUCGAGAACGUCUCUUGGCUACCGAGGCUGGAAUCGAGAGACGAUAUUUAAAACCACCAUUAGGUUUCAAAGCAAACACGAUAAUAGUUACUACUUCUAAUGGAGUGGGUGAUGAAUAUGCUGAUAAUGCCGCAGAUGAAAAUGCCCCUACUGGGCUAGUUCGCUGGCGGGAAGCCGUUCGUGAGAGUAAAAGCGGUUCACAAUUAGCUCUAUUGUUACAUUUCUUGGAAUCUUGCAUUGCCUGGGACAAGUCAAUUAUGAGAGCGAGUUGCCAGUUUUGUAGUGGAGGUGAAAAUGAAGCUCAGCUUCUUCUGUGUGAUGGUUGUGACAGAGGUUAUCAUAUGUACUGUUUUAAACCCAAAAUGGAAAAUGUCCCAGACGGAGACUGGUUCUGUUAUGAAUGUCAGAAUAAAAAUACUAUCGACAAAGUUUGCAUUAUAUGCGGCAAAAAAGGAAAACUGAUUAACUGUGAUACAUGUCCAAAAGUUUUUCACCCCAAUUGUUUAGAUCCACCUGUUACAAAGCCUCCUAAGGGAAGAUGGUGUUGUAACAUGUGUAAUCGUAAACCAAAGAAGAUCAAACAGGGACGUAAAACGAUGACAUCUCUUAACGCGGCAGCUACUUCUGCAUCAUCAGAUGAUAAAAUAGUUAAAGAACAGCCUCCAAACAAAUCAACACCAGUGACUACUCCCAAAGAGGAAACAAAAAAGUCAAAGGUUACAAAUCGGUCUAAGAAAGAGACAAAACCAGCAACUGAAUCAACUACUACUCAUAAGGAGACUAAAAAAGAAAAGAAAACUAAUAAAAAAAGUGAGGAAAGCAAAGAGAUGGUAAUAUGUGAAAAUUUAUUAAAAGACUUGACAGCACAUGAAGAUUGCUGGCCUUUCUUAAAUCCUGUCAAUACCAAACAAUUUCCAACUUACAAAAAGAUUAUUAAAAAACCUAUGGACUUUGAAACAAUCAAGAACAAUUUAAAAGCAGGAGGGUACAAAAACAAAAGCGAGUUCUUAGUUGAUUGCCGAUUAGUAUUUGAUAAUUGUGAAACUUUCAAUGAAGAUGAAUCUCCUGUUGGUGUUGCUGGUCAUAAUAUGAGGCGUUACAUGGAAAAAAGAUGGAAAGAACUUGGAGGAGAAAAUUGAUCGAUCUCUCAAACAAUUCAAGCUUGAUUCAAUGCAAUUAUCAUCCUACACGCCACAAAAAUACAAAACAACUCUUUUUUUAAUACAAAAGGUGUUGGAAAACCUAUCUAGAUCAUGUAAAGGUUAAUACAAAGGGAAAUUGGCUCUUUUUGUAUAUUUGGUUGCUCUCUUUUUUUUCAAAAGCCAAUGUAUACUUACACAAAUAUAUCAAUUUCCCUUUCCUGAUUUAAUAUCUCACCUUGUUCUGCUUUUUUGCCUUCUAUCUCACUUUCUUUUGCUUUUUCCUCAUCAGUCGAUAUUAUCUUUCACUGAUGAAUUGUCUCAUUAACUUGCAUCACUUGAUUGCAUCUGAAGAGAAACAUUGAAACUACUCGAAGCUCAUCUGUAAAAUAGCAUUUUAUAUAAAUCUUGUGUAAAUAAUAGUUUACAUUCCUUUCCAUUAAACAAAUGAUAUGUUUAA